UUUGGAUGUGAAAUCCUCCCAGAUAAUGACAUCGAAAAUGCUCCGAUGUACCAUACAAAGUGUCUAGUCCUCCAAGUCUCAAAAAGUAGGUAUAUAGGACCAGUCGAUUGCUCCUCUACAAACUCUCUCGUCUUCCAUCGUUCCCAAGCAGCACAGUCUUCUAAGGCGAGUGGUUCUACUCUCUUCAGCCUUACUCCCCUUCCAUCAUCAUACUCCCACUUUGCCUACCUACCUCUUUUUACCAUUUUCCUUGAUUUACCCACUGCCACCGAAAACUCCAUUCACGGCAAAGUCAUCUGGACACAAAAACACAAAUGUCCGCCCUCUUGCGUGAUGCCCCGGUGGGCCAAGUCAUCCGCUGGGUGACCGGCUCUAAAUACUUCCAAUACCCAGAAGAACAGUCUACCUUCCAAGUACCUUCUAGCUAUCAGAAAGAUACGAAAAGCGUACGGUCGGGGUCUACCACACCGGCCGUCGCUACCCCGGCAAUCGAAAAGGACCUCGAAAAUCUCCCUGGUUCCGAUGCCCUCACCAAGGCAGAGACGGCCGCGGAUCGCGAGUCACUGGCAGCACUGUCGGAUCGCACGCUCUCGAAGAUCAUGACCCGACCAGAGUUGAGCCAAGUCAACACCCGAGCCGACCUCGAGGCCGCCUACACCAAUGCCACGAGACAAGAAACGUUGAAGACUCAGCAAAGCAGACCCAUCAAGCCCGCGGUGACCUCUGACGGGACGAUCUUGGUUGAUUGGUACACCACCGACGACGCUGAAAACCCGCAGAACUGGUCUCGCGGCAAGAAGGCCGUCGUCGUCCUGCAGAUCUACCUCUACACCUUGGCCGUCUACAUGGGUUCGGCCAUCUUUACGCCAUCAGAACCGUACAUCGUCGAGAAGAUGGGCGUGUCCCCCAACGUCGCAGCACUCGGUCUGUCCAUGUACGUUCUCGGCUACGGUAUCGGACCUCUGAUAUUCUCACCACUCUCCGAGAUCCCCCUGAUCGGACGCAACCCACCGUACAUGGUCACUCUCGGCAUUUUCGUCAUCAUCUCCAUCCCCACCGCCGUGGUGAACAGUUUCCCUGCCCUCGUCGUUCUGCGGUUCCUUCAAGGUUUCUUCGGCAGUCCUUGUCUGGCCACUGGUGGUGCAUCCAUCGGCGACAUUUACUCCCUGCUCAAGAUGCCGUACUUCUUGACCGGAUGGGCGGCGUUCGCGACGGCAGGUCCAGCUCUGGGACCCAUCAUUUCUGGUUUCUCCGUGCCCGCCACCAACUGGCACUGGUCUUUGUGGGAGAUUGUCUGGCUCGCCGCGCCCGUGUACAUCUCUCUCUUGUUCUUUCUCCCCGAGACCUCGGCCAGCAACAUCCUGCUCCGCCGAGCCCAACGCCUGCGCAAGAUGACCGGCAACCCUAACCUGAAAUCCCAGUCCGAGAUCGACCAGGAAAAGAUGAGCGUCAACGAGGUGGUGAUUGGCAACCUCUGGCGACCUGUACAGAUCAACGCUCUCGACCCUGCCGUCCUCUUUACUAGCUUGUACACCGCCCUCAUGUACAGCAUCUUUUACUCCUUCUUCGAGGUGUUCCCUCUCGUCUACGCGACGGGCAACCCGGGCACCGCCACUCACGGCUACGGCAUGAACGCUGGGGAGAUCGGUCUGAUCUUCCUGUCCAUCUCCGUCGGAGUCAGUAUCGCCAUCGUCGUGUACAUCUGGUAUUUGCGGUACGUGUUUGAACCGGAGAUUUUGACAAAGGGACUGGGCGAACCCGAGAGACGACUCAUCCCAGCUCUACCGGCCAGUCUGUUGUUGCCCGUCGGCCUCUUUGUCUUCGCCUGGACGGGCAACUCGUCGCCCAAGAUCCACUGGAUCGUCCCGACCAUCGGGGUCGUCAUCUUCACCAUCGGAAUCUUCAUCAUGUUCCAGUGCAUCUUCAUCUACAUCCCCCUGACGUACCCGCAAUUCGCCGCCAGUCUGUUCGCCGGCAACGACUUCGCCAGGAGUUCCAUCGCCGCGGGGGCGAUCCACUUCUCGCGCCCCCUGUUUGGCAACCUCGGGGUCGGCAGAGGCGUCAGUCUGCUGGCUGGCUUGACCGUCGGCGGUAUCAUUGGUAUCUUUGUCUUGUGGAAGUUUGGGGCCGCGUUGAGAGCCAGAUCCAGAUUCGCCGCCAAAUGAGACACGCGAAAAUUAUGUGGUGGUGAUUAUGAUCUCGGUGGUGGUACGAUGUAAGAUAAAGGGAGGUUGAACUUGAUUUGCAUCGCAUUCAGCGUUGGGACAAGCAAGCGAUUGUUUUUCUUUUUUUGGGAACGCACUUUUAGAAUCUUUCUCAUGACAACGACGAGGUAUACAUUAUAGGUAAUAAUCACGGCUAAACAUCAAUACUAUGAUAAUAAUACUGCUCUUCAUUUCACCUUCCUGUACUUUGAGGUUAUGAACGUAUGUAUCAUACCUAAAGUGCACAGUUUAUCUGGUACGAAUGUUCAACAAGACUGGAACUACUACUUCGUACCAUGGACUGCCAACACUGG